AUGGAUGUUUUCGACGGUCAUUCACUCAUGACCAAGACAAUCCUCUAUGAUGAUGCUAAAUACGGCCUACAGGGACCUGGUCUGGCCAAAAUCGCUGCAUACGCUGCGAACAAUGCGGCAUUCAAAAGUCAGUUGGAGGCUGAGACCGCGGUGAAGUCAGCCCAACGAGCAUUGCAUAUGCUCAAUCAAUUGAGUCAAGCUGCUCCUAUUCAGUUCGAUGCUGCGAGGGCCAGGUAUAUGGUACUGAAUCCCGAGUCGGGUUCGAUUGACAUGAAGGCGCUCAUGGGUCUGCAUACACCCGACCAUCAUCCUUUGGCGGUUAUCCCACUCGGACUUCUGCAAAUCUCCCGAAUCCCUCCGAAAGGGCCUUGGUCGUGCCCUAUACAGAUCUCCGUGAUCUAUGUGUUAGACCAUCGAUUCAUAGAUUUCUCUAGAACAGCGAAUGUUGCAUUAUCGUUCCUCGAUGCUGCAGUAGUCGCUCUCUCCGUAUACCGCCUUGUCUCAGACAAGGCAGUAUACGGAGACAAGUUGUCUCUACAUAGUGUUUUCCGUGAGUAG